AGCAACACAAUCUCGUGGAUAUGCAGGUCGAGACAAAAAAGCACGCAAAUUGUGCAUCCAAGUACAAGAUAAAUCGCGUCUUUUACUUAAACGCACAACCAACCUUUCUUUUCCUUUCUUUCUUUAAUGUAUAGACUUCAAAUUAGCAACUUAAGCAAGCAUAAAAAGCACCACUCUUUUAUUUGACUGCAUUGCACAUAACAAGUGAAAGUUGAGAGUCUCAUGGGUUCUACUUAUGUUGUUGCAUUACAAAUUGUGUUAUUUUGUAUCUGUUUGGUUUUUGCAAAUUCGGUUGACUUCAGCUACCCAGCAGUUUUCAACUUUGGUGAUUCAAACUCAGACACGGGUGAACUUACUGCGGCGAAGGGCUUUCAACUCCUCCCACCGAACGGAAGAAACUACUUCAAAACUCGAACGGGGAGAUUCUGCGAUGGCCGUCUCAUAGUCGACUUCUUAAUGGAUGCGAUGCACUUGCCAUUCUUAAAUGCCUAUUUGGAUUCAGUUGGUUUACCGAACUUUCAUCAAGGAUGCAACUUUGCAGCAGCAGGUUCAACUAUCCUUCCAGCAAAUGCGGCGUCGAUCAGUCCAUUCGGCUUUGGCUCUCAGGUAUCUCAGUUUCAGCUAUUCAAAGUUCGGGUUCUUGAAUUUCUUGCAGGCAAGAAGUUUCAUAAAUAUGUCCCGGCCGAAGAUUAUUUCCAGAAGGGGCUAUACAUGUUUGACAUAGGCCAGAACGAUAUCGGCGGUGCGUUUUAUUCAAAAGAUUUAGACCAAAUACUUUCUUUGAUUCCAACAAUUCUACUGGAAUUUGAAAAUGGAAUAAAGCGACUAUAUGACAACGGGGCUAGGAAUUUUUGGAUACAUAAUACGGGUCCGCUAGGAUGCUUGGCUCAGAAUAUUGCCACAUUUGGCAAUGAUGCGUCAAAGCUCGAUGAACAAGGGUGUCUUCGAGCACACAACCAAGCUGCUAAAGCCUUUAAUCUACAUCUGCAAGAUUUUUGUGCUAAAUUGCAGGGCCAGUAUAUAGAUGUAAAUGUUACAUAUGUUGAUAUCUUUACCAUAAAGUAUGACCUCAUUGUAAACUCCUCAAAACACGGGUUUGAACAACCUAUUAUGGCUUGUUGUGGAUACGGAGGUCCACCAUUGAACUGCGACAGUCGCGUUUCUUGUGGAUUAACAAAGAUCUUGAAUGGAACCACAGUUACAGCAAAAGGUUGCAAUGAUAGUAGUGUGUAUGUAAAUUGGGACGGGACUCAUUACACCGAGUCUGCAAAUCAAUAUGUUGCAUCACAAAUUCUUACUGGAAAAUACUCCAACACGCAUUUCUCAUAGAAGAUAUCAUUCCUUCAUAUGAUUGUAACCUUGUAUGACAUACAAGCUCUUAUAAACAAAUCUUAUUAAAGACUGAAUCAAUUGACAUUGUGCAAAGUUUUGUGCU